UGGGCUCUGAACCCCGGAAUAUUCCAAGACAUCGUAGAUCGCUGGGGCCUUCCAGAGGUGGACCUCAUGGCCUCCCGUCACAACCGCAAUUCAUGUCCAGAUGCCGAGACCCCCUAGCGUUGGCAGCAGACGCCCUAACGACUACGUGGGACUUCGAUCUCGCAUAUGCCUUCCCGCCUCUCCCUCUUCUUCCAAGGGUCAUCAGAAAGAUCAGAUCAGAGCGAUGCACAGUCAUCCUGAUAGCUCCUCAUUGGCCAAGAAGAGCAUGGUUCACCGAACUGAUGGCUCUCAGCAGAUCAGAACCGUGGCCGCUACCUCAGACCCCCGAUCUACUCGCUCAGGGACCAAUCCUUCAUCCCAAUCCAGCCUUCCUGAAUUUGACGGCGUGGAGAUUGAGUCGAUAGUCCUCAGACGUAAAGGAUUCUCCCGUGACGUCAUACGCACCAUGAUGGCAGCCAGAAAACCCGUCUCUUCCAAGACCUACCACCGAGUAUGGAAGACCUACAGAGACUGGUGCGAAAACACUGGCCACUCCUUUCAGGACCUAUCGGUCCCUCGCCUCCUGUCCUUCCUACAAUCAGGUCUGGACAAAGGUCUGUCGCUAGGCUCCCUCAAAUCUCAGAUCUCCGCACUCUCUGUGCUCUUCCAACAACGUCUAGCCAUCCUACCCGACGUCUCCACAUUCAUCCAAGGGGUAGCACACAUUUGCCCUCCCUUCCGGGAACCUCUGCCCCCAUGGGAUCUCAAUCUGGUCCUUUCUGCCCUACAAACUCCUCCAUUCGAGCCGCUAGCCACCAUUCCCCUAGCCUGGCUAUCCUGGAAGACCGUAUUCCUUCUGGCCAUCGCCUCAGCUCGCAGGGUGUCAGAAAUCAGCGCACUGUCCAGUCAACCUCCAUACCUGAUAUUCCACGAGGAUCGAGCAGUACUACGGACCAUUCCAUCCUUUGUCCCUAAGGUGGUCUCGGCCUUCCACAUCAACCAAGAUAUCACCGUUCCAUCAUUCUGUCCUAAUCCGGCAUCACCCAAGGAGGUAGCGCUACACUCCCUCGACCCAGUGAGGGCCCUUAAAUUCUACCUACAUCGCACCCGAGACUUUCGAGCCACAACCUCUCUAUUCGUCCUCCAUUCCGGCCAUCGGAAAGGACACCAGGCAUCCAAGACCACCAUAUCUCCUCCCAUUCACAUCACAGCUCAUUCUACCCGGGGCAUAGGAUCUUCCUGGGCCUUCAGAAACAGAGCUUCAGCCGAUCAGGUCUGUAGGGCCGCCACUUGGUCCUCCAUUCACUCUUUCACCAAAUUCUACCAAUUCGAGAUCUUCGCAGCAUCUGACGCGCACUUCGGUAGAAAAGUGCUCCAGGCGGCAAUAAAUUAGUCCUCCUAUUUGACCUACUAUCCGCUUCUCCCACCCUGAGAGCAAGGGACAGCUUUGGUAUGUCCCCAUGGUCCCUGUGUCCCACAGACACCUGUUAGAGAAAAGGAAAUUUUGUGAUACUCACCGUUAAAUCCUUUUCUCUCAGGGUGUCUGUGGGACACAGGGCUUCCCCCCCUGGAAGCGGAUAAACCUUCUGAACUUCCUUCUGCCUACAUGUACAUAGUUUUCAAGUUGACUGUUACCUUGUGGUUCUUUGUGACAAAACUGGUGAAGGCAGGAAGUACUGGGGGGUAUAGCAGCAGGGAGGAGGGGUUAGUUCUCUUCUUCCUCUUCUAGUGUCCUGCCUCCUGCUGGUACC